AUGUCUCUUUUGUACUUGCCUAUGUUCCUCCCGAUGUUCGUGCCGGAUAAACCAUUUCUCUCUCUCUCUCUCUCUCUCUCUCUCUCUCUCUCUCUCUCUUUCUUUCUCUUGGAUGUGUGUCAUUCGGCCUAUACAGCAUCUCCGACUUCAUUGUUCUUUCAUUCAUUUAUUCGUUCGUUCGUUCUUUCUUUUUCUUUCCUUCCUUCUUUCUUUCUUUUUUCUUUGCUUCUUUCUUUUUCUUCCAAUCUUUCUUUUUCUUUCUUUCCUUCUUUCUUUCUUUUUCUUUCCUUCUUUGCUUACUUUAUCAAUUACUUGCCUCUCAUUUUAGAUAUCCCACUCUCUCUCUCUCCCUCUCUCUCUUUCUCUCCCUCUCUCUCUUUCUCUCAUUCUCUCUCUCUCUUUUUCUCUCUCUCUCUUUCUUUGUUUCUGGCUUUCUCUUCUUUUAAUCAUACUUUGCCUAUGUCUCCUUUUCUCUUUCUGUCAAUGCAUGUACGGCUUUAA